AUGGCUGACUACGACGAAGAAGAAGUGGCACGUGGCGUGACGGUGCGUGACGUGAAGCCUGCUGACUUUAUUAAAGCGUACGCCGAGCAUCUGAAGCGCUCCGGCAAGAUUGAGCUACCUGCAUGGUGGGACGUGGUCAAGACGGCUUCGUUCAAGGAGUCGUCGCCUGCCGACCCGGACUGGUACUACAUUCGCGCUGCGUCUAUUGCGCGUAAGGUAUACUUGCGCCAAUACACUGGUGUAGGCUCGCUCAAGAAGGUGUAUGGUGGUGCUGCUCGCAAGGGUGUGCACCGUCAGCAUUUCCAGAAGGCGUCAGGUGGUCUCAUCCGCCACAUUUUGCAGCAGCUGGAGGAGAUGAAGGUCGUGGACAAGUGCCCUGAAGGUGUGAACAAGGGUGGUCGUAAGAUCACGAGCCAUGGCCAACAGGACUUGGACCGCAUUGCUGGUCAGGUAGUGCGAGCUUAA